AUGGCUCACAUAUCCAUGUCUACGGAGCAGCUACAGCAAUUGGUGACGUCACUUACAGCUGCUGCCCUGCAAGCUGCAACUGGUGGUGUCAAGACUACAACGGUAUCAUUUGCUAACGUGUCAUUUUCCUACGACGGCACUAGAGAAUCCAUUCGCCUGGAAGAGUUCUUAUCAGCCGCAUCAGUCUAUAAAAAAGUUAAUAAUGACAUGUCGGACGAAGCUGCUAUUAUGAGUCUUCCUUUGGUGUUGAAAGGUGAAGCUUCGACAUGGUGGCAAGGAGUAAAAGAUAGUAUUACCUGUUGGACCGACUUUGAGGCAAGACUGCGUCACGCGUUUGCACCAAAAAUAUCUGGCGUCCAAAUAUUCCAGGAAGUGUUUUCACGCAAGCAACCGGCAGACAUGCUGACAGAGACAUUUAUUGCAAAGAACAGAGCCCUGUUGACUCAGCUACGUUCACCGGGUUUGACAGAGGAACUACAAAUAGAUGCUAUUCAUGGCCAGUUGCAUAUUAAUAUACGCGAGAGGAUACCACGUGACUCAGUGACGACAUUCGACCAGCUGCUAACUGCUGCUAGAAAUGUUGAACAGGUGCUACGUGAGAAGUCUUCAUCGGUGUCGUCUACUGGCCAAAGCGAAAACCAAACUGGGCUGAGCAAAAAGAAACAGCGCUGCGACUACUGUCGUGCCACAGGCCAUACCGUCGAGGAAUGUCGAAAAAGACUGAAGCAAAUGAGUGGACAGACUGGACAGGGUCCAGGGCCAGAUGUAACCGGGACUCGGAGCGAUGGGACGAGAUGUAAAACCACAAUGUGCACGGAUAUCUUUUAUUGA